UCCCGGGCUAGUCUGCAAUUCCCCAUUGGUUGUGUUCAGCAUCUGCUCAGGGAAGGAAACUAUGUUGAGUGGGUCGGAGCCAGAGCUUACGUCUAUCUGGCCGCCGUCCUGGAGUAUCUGAUGACUGAGAUCCUUGGUCUGCCUGCCAACAAGAAGACCCAUAUCAUCCCCCGACACCUCCAGCUGGCAGUUUGCAAUGACAAGAAGCUCAAAAAACUGCAGGGUGACAUCACCAUCACCCAGGGAUGA